AUGUUAUUAUUGAAUUUGCGCGUGCAUUUUUUUCCUGGAUGUGAAAUUGAAUUAUUACCAACUAGUGACUUUUCAAAAGAUAUGAAAUUUCGAGAAAAUGAUGGAAUACGACAAUAUCGAACAGAUGGCUUUUACAAUUAUUUAUCUCAAAAACGUCAUAAACGUAAUCCAAGACAAGAACUUUUACGUGUUGCUGUAACUAUGGAUGAUAUUUAUCCCAACGAAAGUUGGAAUUUUAUUUAUGGACAGGCACGAGGAAUCGAUGGUGUUGGUGUUUAUUCAUUUGCACGUCUUGAUCCAUUAUUUCCUGCAUCAACACAAACAUUACUCUUAUCUCCAUUAACGGAUGACCAUUAA